AUGAUGAGUCCAGGAGCAGAAGAGAGAUGCUACUCCGAAUCAAGAGGAAAGUUAAUAUUCGCAGAAAAAGGAAGACCAGUUCAUCAAAUCGUUGAGAAUCUCCCUCGACCGCUGACUCAUGAACUUGAGCGUCGAACGCGAAAUCCAGGCGGCGCUGAUGACCAAUUCCUCGAGAGCACGAACGUCUGUCACGAAGAACUUUCCUUCGCGGAAAAUGUCGACCAUUUUUGGCAAAGUUUUGAAGCCGAUCCACUCGCUUUCUUGGGACCCGUUCAGCUCGCUUCUGGCGCUGAUAACUUGGGAGAGAAACUGGUCGUUUCUGAAAGCGAUUCUAUCGCCAUUUUUAGCUGCGUAACCUGGACAAAUGAAGGAACCUGGUGCAAUUUGGAAGGCCCUGCUUUGAACGUCUGUUGGUCACAUGACGAUCAAAAGAUCAUUUUCGCCAUCAAAAACAAGAUCUUCAUCGCGUCUUUCGAAGGAAUCAUGGGCCCGGACGAAGAAGCUCGCGAAAUCGAAGGCUUCGAACGCGACGUCCUCCAAAUGUCCUGGCAUAAUCAACGCCUCGCAGUUGCGGUUGAGGGGCUCAGCGAUACGCUUUUGUACUCGAAAAAAAAGAAGUACUGGAAAGUAAAAUCUUACAGCUGGUUCGCCAAACAUCAGAUUCCUCAAGAAGAAUGGAAUUGGACGAUUCAUCGUUGUUUGUUGCUGACUUAA